GCGGCUGAGCCACAACCACGAACGAGCAGAAGCAACGUGAACCAGAAAUCUUCAGCGUACAAAAAAUUUCGCAGGGGAGGCGGAGGAGGAAGGAGCGGCAACAAUGGCUUCCCUGAGCUUCGCCGCUGCCGCCUCCGCCGCGGCGGCCGUACACCUCCGGCAAUCGGACGUGGCCUCUGAGUUCGGAAACCAACAGAGACCUUCAAAGUUCAUUCACCGGAAGAGACUCGCUCUGUCGUCGAAUGCGGCGAGCUCGACGGAACCGUCGUCGGCCGCGCCGGACAUGCCGGAGAUCGAGCUCGAGUUCGUCGGGCCGAAGCCGGCGGCUGACGGUUCGUAUCCGGUGGAUAAGGCUAGAGCCGUAAGCGGAGAGAAGCUGCUGAGGAACAUCAUGAACGAGAACAAGAUCGAGCUCUAUGCCACGUAUGGGAAAGUGAUGAAUUGUGGCGGCGGUGGAAGCUGUGGAACUUGCAUUGUGGAGAUUAUUGAUGGGAAGGAUCUUCUAAAUGAGAGAACCGACACUGAACUUCGGUAUUUGAAGAAAAAACCUGAAUCCUGGAGACUUGCUUGUCAAACUAUUGUGGGGAAUAAAGAAAACUCUGGAAAGGUUGCGGUACAAAGAUUGCCUCAGUGGAAGGAGUGAUGGACAACCAGACCUUGUAAGAGGAGAUGCGUCGUGAUAGGUGGUAGACGCUCCAUUGCACUUGUACUCCCAUGAUUUUUCAUGUCAAUAACGACCUUGAUUGUGCACGCCUAGUUUUGUUGCUGGUGCAAACUUUUAGUUUUGUAAAGAGUCAGAUGCAUGAAUAGAUCGUGAUUAAUGGCUA